GCGUACAUUUGUCACGCAUCCACGAAACUGUCAUCAUAACCGCGUAGCCACGUGGGAAGACGAAGGCGUGUGUUCGCGCGCGAAAAGACCUCGCGCAAACCUAACCACGGAGAUUCCUUCAAAUCAUCGCGCGUCAUCGUCAUCUGCGACCGCGAGAUAAAGCUCGUAAGAUAAUCGGCGCGAAUAUAUAACUUUCAUCCUCGAGAUACACUGCACGAGGAGAAGAUAAACCGACUGCUCCGACAUUCUUGACUUUUUUUAUCGCGCUCCGGACUUCGAACGGAGAUAAAUCUGGUCGCGUGGGCAGCUGCUCGUCGAGUUAUAUGACGAUUUGAAGCGGUGGCAAAUGAUGCGAAGGCGCCAGGAGCGCGAUUUGCCGCGGAGAAGCGACUAAAACGAAUCGAAGGUGACAGCCCGGGGCUCGGACUCAGUUGAGAGGAAAAUCGCAUCGGUGUCACUCGGACCGUGAUAUCGACGACAUUGUGCAGGAUCGAGAAAUCGAAAGAAGAUAGAGAGAGAGAGAGAGAGAAGGAGAAAACGAUAAAGCAGGUCAUCCGUGCAAUCGCUCGACGCAUGACAUUAGUGAACUGAAUAGUGAACAAAGUAAUCGUUGUGUAAUAAUAACGAAAGACUACAUCGAUACGUUAUCAGUGGACAGAAAGUUCUUCUAGAAAGGAAAAUAUCAAGCUCGAGCAUCAAGGAUCCGGCCGCCAACGUUGUUUAAUCUAAUCAGCAUCGAAUGUCAGGCGGCAGUUAUGCGAGCUACGCAGCCAUGAACGGAAUAUCCUUGAACACGAGACCCGCGCGGCGGACGAAGCUCUUCCCCACACGAACGAUGACGUGCCUCAUGACGUUGCUGCUAAUAUUCACGACGACGUUGUCGAACGUACAAUCGGAAUCGGCGAUGAAUCCGAUGGGUACCAUCGUCGGCUCGGGCUCGGCGAUUUCCUCGUCGUCCUCGUCCUCGUCCGGCGGCUCCUCGUCCUCUUCGUCGUCGGUGAUCGGCGUAGUGUCGGACGGCUCCGGUUCCGGCGGCAAUGGGGUGAACGGAAACGGCGGUAACGGCGUGAUCGGGAACGUCGGCGGUGGCAGUAUAAGCGGAGGCGGACACUUGGGCACCGGGACCGGCGGCAACAACGGCAUCGGUAGAUGCGAGGAGAUCACGAUCCCGAUGUGCCGCGGCAUCGGUUACAACCUCACCGCCAUGCCGAACGAAUUGAAUCACGACACGCAGGAGGAGGCCGGCCUGGAGGUUCAUCAGUUCUGGCCGCUCGUGGAGAUCAAGUGCUCACCGGACCUCAAGUUCUUCCUCUGCUCCAUGUAUACGCCCAUCUGUCUACCCGAGUACACGAAGCCGUUGCCCGCCUGUCGCAGCGUCUGCGAAAGAGCACGCGCUGGUUGCGCUCCACUUAUGCAGCAAUAUGGUUUCUCGUGGCCGGAGCGAAUGGCGUGCGAGCGCUUGCCGAAUCACGGCGAGGAUCCGGACAACCUGUGCAUGGAACAGGAUAAUCGCACCAGCACCAGCACCGGUCCGAUCGGCGGUAACGGAGGCACGGCGAGCAGCGGUGGCGGAGGACCACCUGGUUCCCCGGCGCGACCCACUAAGGCCAGCAAAACCUCGCAGCCACCUCGCUGCAAGCCGGGCAAGAAUCAAAAAAACUGCCAACAUCCCCCAGGGGAGAGGACGAGGGACUGCGCGUGCAGAUGCAGAGCGCCUCUCGUGCCUCUGGGGGUGGGUGGCGCGGUGAUCCCGGGUCCGAUAAGCGCCGUCAGCGGCACCGUCAUCGGGAGCACCGGGGUCAACGCGGGGGCUGGUCUGGCCGGCAUGGCCGUAAGUGGAGUCAUACCGGCGCCAGCGCCACCGUCGAUGGGGGGCAUCGGACGAAGCAUCAUUCAGGAGGUGCCGGAUUGUGCCCUGCCGUGUCGCGGCGCGUUCCUCACCAACGAGGAGCGCGAGUUCGCGGCAAUCUGGCUGGCGUUAUGGAGCGGCCUGUGCGCCGCCAGCACACUCGUCACCGUCAUCACGUUCCUGAUCGACACCCAGCGUUUCAAGUAUCCUGAGCGGCCGAUCGUCUUCUUGUCGGCCUGCUACUUCGUCGUCUCCGUGGGAUACCUGUCGCGCAGCAUUUUCGGCCACGAAGAGAUCGCCUGCGACGGACCGGCUUUGAAAUCAGGCGCCCAGGGCCCGGGCGCGUGCGUCACCGUUUUUCUCAUGAUCUACUUCUUCGGCAUGGCAUCCUCCGUGUGGUGGGUGAUCUUGGCGUUCACCUGGUUUCUCGCCGCUGGCUUGAAAUGGGGAAACGAGGCUAUAGCUUCGUAUUCGCAGUAUUUUCACCUGGUAGCAUGGUUGGCGCCGACGGUGCAAACAGUUUGGGCGUACGUGGCGGGUGGUGUGGCCGGUGACCCGGUGGCUGGAGUCUGCACGGUCGCUCCUGAAGGAGUGCGCAACUUCAUCCUGGCGCCUCUAUUCGUUUACCUUCUGCUGGGCACGAGCUUCCUCCUGGCCGGUUUUGUGAGUCUGUUCCGAAUUCGAUCGGUGAUCAAGCGCCAGCCUGGCGCCAAGGCGGACAAACUCGAGAAGUUGAUGAUACGAAUCGGCGUGUUCAGCGUCCUCUACACGCUACCAGCUGGCGCCGUGUUAGCUUGUCACAUCUACGAGUCGUCUCUGCGAGACGAGUGGCUCAGCUCGCUGGCAUGUCCCUGCCGACCGCGAGCGAGACCACUCUAUUCCAUCCUAAUGCUCAAGUACUUUAUGGCUCUCGCAGUUGGUAGCACUUCGGGCGUCUGGAUCUGGAGCGGCAAGACGGUCGAUUCUUGGAAGCGACUUUGGAGGCGUUUGUUCGGCGGAAAUCGCGGUCCGGGUGGUCAUAUGGGCCCGGGCGGCGGCAUGGUGGCCGGCGUGACCGGCAUGAGCAGCGGCAUCGGCAGCGUCGGCAUCAAGGGAGUCAUGGGUCGCGGUAUCGCGGUGCCUUAUCAAACGGCGCCCGGUCCGGGCAGCGCUCUACUACCACCGGGAAGCGUCGCCAGCGCGUCCCAGCAUCAUCUGCACCAUCACGUACUCAAGCAACCGCCACUCUCACACGUAUGACGUCACCAAUCGGCGGGGGGCGACAUGAACACCGCUGGAUGCGAUCAGCAGUCACAGCAGCAGGAGAGGCCUUCCGCCCUCAGCAACUACGGGCCCAUCUAGCCCUUCGCCUCGGCCUCGCGCAGACACAACGCGACGCCGCACACAGCGCCGCACACGGCGCCGCACACGCCCCAUUCGGCGGCGACCAUCUACUCCAGGAGGUCGCUCGCGUCCACGACGGGGCCGCUGACGCCGGCACACGGGAUCGCACCCUCCUACACGCAGGCCACCGAGGUGUGAAGGAAGGAACACGUGUGGAGACACACGUGGAGAUUGGACGACGAGCGGCCAAGGUGCUUCUCGAUUACCGAUAUACGUAUUUAGCCUGUACGUGUCUUCUCCCGCGGGAAUCUCGAGGAAUUCUCUCUUCAGCAACGGACCAUCUCGUCAGUGUCUUCGUUUCAUGUUGAUUAAUUUCCAAGAAAUUGUCUCUCUAAUGAAUCCUGGUGAGUGAACGACGCAACGCAUUCUUUUUUUACAUUUUUUUACACAACAUUGACGGGGAGAAUCGCUCGAGUGCCGCGGUAUAGUGAGAUUGUGAUUUAGAGGAAAGAAAAAAACUCUGUGACACGCGCAUGAACACGUACAUGCGUGUGCACGAUAGCAAUGAACAGUGGUGUCGAUAGAUUUAUCUGUCUUUAAUCCGUAUCUCUAUCUAUCUCUCUUUAAUCUUUCUUACAUCUUCUUCUCGUAAAAAGCGGUGCUCGUAAAGCCCGCUAACGUGUCCGUCUAACGUGUAUCUCGUCUCGUCUAUUUAUCUAAUCUAGCCAUAAAAAGCCAUGUCGGGAAUGUACACACAUUCGGAUGCGACGCGAAAAGCGGCAGCUUGCUUUUUCCUCUCUCCGUUUCUGAAAGGGAGGGAAACUGCUAGAUCCUCUCCGCGAUGUCGCGCUAUAAAGUCCAGGCUCUUUUCAUAUACCGACUCUUCGUCACUGCCGCUCCUCGCAAUCGAAGGGAGUCGCGAAACUCUGAAAGUAUUUCCGAUGAAAGCAAGCUGUCGCCGCUCGCGACGAUGAACCCGCGACGAUGGGCAAAAGCGAGUGUACAGGACAGACAAGUUAGAGUAAGUGGGAUGGACUAUUGUAAAUAUUGUUCUUAGGUGUUAAUUGAUGCUGUAAAUAAAAAAAAAACGGUCGCCAGGUACGUUGUAGGGCGUUGACGCGAGGACGAUCGUGCUCGUGGCGAGCGUUGCACAUUGUAUCCUUCCACAAGCCCUUAUCAGCCAAAAGUUGUCGCACUCGAUGUAACUUGGGAGAAUCCUUUAAUUCAGACGCUUUGUGUCAAGUUGUCAAGCCGAAAACUGGAAAUACGCCGCUUUUGCCAACUUUUCUCGAGACAGAUGACAUUCAAUCUCUUUGAUGGUUAAAAGAUCUUAUUUUAAUUUUAAAAAAAUAUAUAUAUAUAUUUAAAAUUUAUCGAUCGACAAAAGUUCUUUUAACUCAAAAAAUCGAAUCUGUUGUGAAAAAUUGAUAAAUCAUCGAUGAUUUUGAAUUGAAUGAUUGAUUUAUGAUUUUUGUUCAAAAAAGAAACCUUGAGGAAGGUUGAUGAAAUUUGGCAUAAAUGUUAUUUUGUUGAGAACCUUUAUUUAAUAAGUCUAUAAUUAAUAUUAUAUCACAAAUUUUAUAUA